AUGGAUCGAAGAGGAAGUGGGAUUUUGAUUGGGACGGAGGGAGGUAGGGAUGCAAUAAAGGGGCUGGGGUUAGGGUUAGGGUUAGGGCUGGGUGCUGGGAGGAGAGAGAUGGUGGAGUCUGAGCUCGAAGAAGGUGAGGCGUGCUCCUUUCAGAACCACGAAGAUUAUGAUGCCACCGUUGAUCCCGAUGUUGCCCUAUCUUACAUUGAUGACAAAAUUCAAGAUGUUCUGGGACAUUUUCAGAAGGAUUUUGAGGGUGGGGUGUCUGCUGAGAAUCUGGGGGCAAAAUUUGGUGGUUAUGGAUCAUUUUUGCCCACCUAUCAGCGCUCUCCUGUUUGGUCUCACCCAAGGACUCCACAAAAAAAUCAUAGUCAAAAUACGCCCAAAUCCCCCAAUAAUUUGCCACCAGAGGGUGGGCAGGGGGAUGCUGUACAAUGUUCCACGGGAACACAGUCAUCAAGACUUGGCCCAGGUUCUGGUAACUCUUCAAGAAUGGCUGCAAACAAGGGUUUCUCUUUAGAUGAUGGAACCCAUCAAGAAAAAUACAUGACAGCUAAUGCUGAUACAUCCACUUCUAAGCAUGAGUCUCUAAACAAGAAAAUUACUAGCACAUCAGACCAGAAGACACUGAAAGUUCGAAUCAAAAUGGGUCCUGAUAAUUUAUCAACACGGAAAAAUGCUGCAAUAUACAGUGAAAUUGGUCUGGAUGUGUCGCCAUCAUCAUCACUAGAUGAUAGCCCCUCAGAAAGUGAGGGGCUUUCUCGUGGUCCUCAAGAAGCUCCUUUUGAAUCUCCAACCAUUAUCCUUCAGAUUAUGACAGACCUCCCUCGGCUAUUGUCACCACUUACUGAUGGUAUCAUUGAAUUAACUGUAAAGGAAAUGCGUGCCAGAGAGAGCAUACCUGGUCUUGUUCAUGUGGAUGAUGCAGAAAGCGUUGACAUAUCACUAAAUGAAUCUAAUAAUGUAAAAGGUGAUAGAAAAUUGUCAGGGGGGACUGGGAGGAAAAUGAAAUCUCUGGAGGGUUGUGAAUCCUCAAUGGAAGUCAAGGGUUCUACAAAGAAGAAUACUCGGAAUGAUGUUGGGGUGCUGUCAAGAAAGGAACAAAGUUCAGAUGCAUUUACUAUGGAGGAGCUAGUUUCUAACACUAUGAAGCUUCCACUUUUAUCCAGUUCAUAUUCUCUCAAUGAUGACUUGGUUAGGGCUGAUGAUGGGCCAUGUGAUUCUUUGAAGGAAGCUAACAAAGUUAUGGUGAGGGAGAAAACCUUCUCUGAUCAGGGACAAAAGGAACGGCUGGAGCCAACAUCUACUGAGGUGAAUGGUUUUGCUGAGAGGGCAAAGGGAAGCUCAAGAAGAAAAGUUGUGGGAGAUAAGGUUUCUUUUGAUGACUAUAUAGUAAAAGAAAAUUCUCAUGGAGAUAACAAUUGCCACUCAAUAAUAGCUGAAUCUCAUGUUUCCAGAGUUAGGACCUCAUCAAACACUGAAGAGCUUCCUAAGAAGGCUAAUCAGAGAGGUAGCCUAUGUGAACAAGACAGUAUGACAUUACCUGUAGUGACUGAACAUCCCUUUCUUGGGGGUAAGAAGAAGACAAAGGGAAGUCAUGCCACGAUGGUUAUGGAUAAGGAAAAAGAAAACUUGAAGAUUGGAUCUUCUUCGGUUCCUAAAACAAAAAGGAGUUCUGAUGAUAGUUCUGCAUCAAAAAAUGAAACUGAAGAUGUCAGAGUACAAAAGAGUCUUGGAAAGACUAGAGAUACAUACAGAGACUUCUUUGGGGAAUUGGAAGAUGAGGAGGACAGAAUGGAUUCAAUGGAGACCCCUUACGAAGAAAAAAUGAAGGAAUCUGAGUUAGUUGAGAGGAGUGCACCUACAACUAGUUAUGGAGCAAAGGAGAGAUCUGGUGCUAAGAAAGUUGAUAAGCCAUUAUUAACAGCUGAAAUAUACCCUAAAACAGCCACAAAUCUUUGGUGCACUGGAAAUGCAAAUGGUACUGAUGUUGAGAAUGGUAAAGGGAUACCUGUAAUGAUACCUCCUGUUGAGAUGGAAGAUAAUUGGGUAAUGUGUGACAAGUGUCAUAAAUGGCGUCUUCUUCCUGUUGGAACAAAUCCUGACAACCUACCUGAAAAGUGGGUGUGUAGUAUGCUUAAUUGGCUGCCAGACAUGAAUCGAUGUAGCUUUAGUGAGGAUGACACCACUAAAGCACUUAUUGCAUUAUUCCAAGGGCCUCCCUUUGAUGGUCAUAGCAACCUGCAAAAUGUCUCUGGCAGUGUUAUGGUGGGAGGAACCAUGGCAACCCAGCAUCCUGACCAACACCAGUUAAAUAAUGAUCUGCAUGUGACACCUGGGGGGAAGAAAAAGUUUGUGAAGGCGAUACCAAAUUCUAUAAAUAAAGACAGCUUUUCUCAAUCAUCAUAUCCUAUCAAGAAAAUCUUUCAGUCAGCGGUGAAAAGUAGGAGUUUAAAUGAUGUGAACAAGUCUCCUGUCAUGAGUGAGGCUGAUGUUGCAGCAGACAAACACAAAAAUAAGCACAGGACCCUGGAGCACAGUUCUGAUAGAGGUGAUGUGAAGAAUAUGAAGGUCAAAAGCAGGAGGGAUCAUGAUCAAGAUUUUUCUAGGCCAUCCAAGAAAUCUAAGACUGACAAAGCUCAUUCUACCAAUGAAGAGCGGAUUGUAGAACAGAGUGGGACUACUAGGAAGGUCAGUCAUAGUUCAAAUAGCACUCUUCCAACUACUUCAGUUGGCAAAGAUCGUCCGAGACAGAAAGACCACUCCUCUUCAAGGGACUCCAAAUCAAGAAAAGACAGGCCUCCAGUUUCUGCUGAAAACACAAAAGAUAAAGGUCAGGGUUCUUUGGAUGAAGGAUCUCUGGAGCUGGGAAAUUGUGAUUCAAUCGGUAGUGUGAAGAAGAGGAAACUGAAGGGAUAUCAGGAUCCUAAAACUAACAGCCCAGGUAAUCCUCGCCUACAGGAGAGCAAAACUUCUGAGCAUGAUUUUGGUAAUUCCAGGAAGGAAAAGAAGGCAAAAAGUUCAAAAUCUGAAGGCAAAGAAUCAAGUGCAAGUAAAGGCAGCGGUAGGACUGACAAAAAAGUUAGUCAUACGAAGAACAAGAAGUUCAGGCAAAACCCUGAGAGCAGCCUGUCACAGCGGAGUUUGGAUGGCAUGGACUGUUCAAAAAGGGACUUGGGGUCUUUGCAGGCUUCUGUUGCUGCAACUUCAAGUUCUUCUAAGGUUUCUGGCUCUCACAAAACCAAAGCCAGCUUCCAGGAAGUGAAGGGCUCUCCUGUGGAAUCGGUUUCUUCAUCACCUAUUCGAAUUUCAAAUGCAGAUAAGUUUCCAAGCAAGGAAAUUAUUGGGAAAGAUGAUUCGCAUGACAUUGUUGCUGUGGACAGUCCAAGAAGAUGCUCAGAUCGUGAGGAUGAUGGUGGGAGUGAUCGAUCUGGAACAGCAAGGAAGGAUAAAUCUUCCACCAUUGGCCACAGGUCAGGUUUUCAGGAUAAGGGUGUUAAUAACAUGUCUGAUACUAAACUUAAAGCUGAAACUACUGGCUAUUUUACCAAUGGUGUUGUUGACUCUAUAGUCCCAGAUGGGACAUAUCCAGGCAAAGAGCUGACUAAGCAUCCAGUUGAAGACAAAACUGAUGUUUAUAAUGCUAAUAUGUCUCAUACAAGGAAGAAUGGCAUAGAAUCAGGUUUUGAGGACAACAAUGACAGCUGUAAGUCAGAGUCCCAUGAAGAUAAGGUAAAAAAUACUAGUUAUUCAGGUAAACUGAAAGACCAGUCUCCUCUAUGUGAGACAAAACAUAAGGAUGGAAAAAAUAAGUUGCUGGAGAAGUACGGGAUCAAGCCUGACCAAAGUGAGAAUAUACAUGCUGUCAAGAAAGAUCAUACAGGGAAAAAUGAGACUAGGAAAAAAGAGAAUCACUUAAAUCGGGGUCAUGAAUUUCAAGAUGUUAGUACGGAUGCAUUUCAUGCUCCCACUCAGAGUCAGUUGCCAGACUCUGAUAUUGAAAGAUCCACAAAGAGGUCUCUGUCAGAAAGAGCUGAUCCAGAAGUACAUGGAAAAGGGAAGCUGUUAUCAUCAUUUCCAUCUGAAGGAUCUCAAGUUGAGACAUUGGGUCGUUGCCCACGACCACUUGGUUUACAGAAAGGAAAUGGAGAUGUCGAAGUUGAUCCUUCCAAAGUUGAUGAUGUCUUAAAGCUACCAAAAAAGCAAUUGAAGAAGACCGAUCAUCAAAAUGGAAACCAGCAAAUUGGUUCAAGAAAUCCCAUAAUUAAUGGUCACAAGUCCAAGGAGCUUGAUGCCCCCAGUCCAGUUAGAAGGGAUUCUUACAGCCAUGCUGCUAACAAUGCUGUGAAAGAAGCUAAAGAUCUCAAGCAUUUGGCUGAUCGUCUAAAGAAUUCUGGAUCCACUGGUGAGAGCACUGGUCUUUACUUCCAGGCAGCUCUCAAAUUUCUUCAUGGAGCCUCUCUGUUAGAAUCUGGCAACAACGAGAAUGCUAAACACAGUGAGAUGAUUCAAUCAAAGCAAAUGUAUAGUAGCACAGCAAAAUUGUGCGAGUUUUGUGCCCACGAAUAUGAGAAAUUAAAAGACAUGGCUUCAGCUGCACUUGCUUACAAAUGCAUGGAGGUAGCAUAUAUGAGGGUAAUAUAUUCUUCAUACACUAGUGCAAGCAGAGAUCGGCAUGAGUUGCAGACAGCACUGCAAGUGAUUCCCCUUGGAGAGUCUCCGUCAUCUUCUGCCUCCGACGUUGACAAUGUUAACAACUCUACAGCAGCUGACAAGGUCACCACCAUAUCUAAGAGUAUCAAUUCGCCCCAAGUAGCUGGAAACCAUGUCAUUGCUGCACGACAUCGUCCUAAUUUUGUGCGAUUGCUUGGUUUUGCUCAGGAUGUUAAUUUUGCCAUGGAAGCUUCAAGGAAAUCACGGAAUGCUUUUGCAGCUGCUAAUUCAAGCCCGGGUGUGGGCAAGAAUACAGAUGGUAUUUCCUCUAUCAAGAAGGCUCUUGAUUUUAGCUUUCAAGAUGUGGAGGGGUUACUUCGUUUGGUACGGGUUGCUGUGGAGGCCAUUAAUCGAUGA